UUUUUUUAGAAUUUGAAUUUUCAACGAAACUCGUCAACGACCGUCGCCGAGAAGCAUCGCGCCAAACCAGGUGAGCAACCAUGAGCUGGGCGGGGGAGGAGUGGAAGGAUGGACUUCCAGGGAAGGCCCUGCAGAAGAUCCAGGAGAUGGAAGUACAGCUGGACAAAGUGAAAAAGGAGAGAACUCAAAAACAGUUCCAGCUUGACUCUCUGGAGGCAGCCCUGCAAAAGCAGAAACAAAAGGUGGACAGUGAGCGCAAUGAAGCAUCUGCUUUGAAAAGAGAGAACCAGUCUUUAGUAGAGUCAUGUGACUCUGUAGAGAAAGCUCGCCAAAAGGUUUUACACGAUCUUGGGGUCAAAGAGCAGCAGGUGAGAUAUUUGGAGGGCCAGCUCAACACUUGCAGAAAGACCAUAGAGCGACUAGAGCAAGAGCUUAAGAAGUACAAAAAUGAGCUGGAUCGGUCUCAACCUGCUGGCUCUUCCUCCUUGGAUCUGCAGCCAUUUGUUACUCCACAGAAGAGUUUCUCCACUCCAGUUUCUGUUUACAAACAGCAAGAUAACAAACUAGAGGAUCUUCAAGAGAAAUAUAACCUGGAAGUCGAAGAAAGAAGAAAGCUGGAGAAUGAACUCAAAGUCCUGCAGGUCAAACUGUUGAAUCAGUCCUCAACCAGUGUGAACCACAAGGACAUUGCUCUUCGGCAAGCUGGAUCCUCUAUUUUCCCAUGGCAGCAACAAGAUCAGGCGCACACCCGCCAGUCUCAGGAAAUUACAGAAACGCCUCUGAAGAGGCGUUGCACGUCCCUUUGGGAUGCCCACGAGGAAACGCCCAUCAAACCCAGCCAGCGAGUGAGCUGUACCAGAACAGCAGCGAGUCCGGCUGGAUCCCAACAAAUGGAACAACUGAAAAUCCUCAAUCAAGAGCUGCGUGGCCGUGUGUCAGAGCUGGAGAGGAGCAUGUGCAGUCACGAGAGAGAGAUUAGUAGCCAGGCCUCCAAACUGCAGGACCUUCAAGUCCAACUGAACCAAGCCCGCAAAGACCUGACUGAACGGGACCGAGACUUGACCAAGACGAGCCACGAGCUGCGUCAGACCACAGACAGACAUCAGCAGCUUGAGGUCAAGUAUUCUUCAGUAGAACAGAAGCUGAAGCAAGUUACUGAAGAAAUGAGCUGUCAGAGACACAACGCUGAGAGCUGCAGACGAGCCCUGGAACAGAAGGUCAAGGACCAGGAGAGAGAUAGUCAGAAGGAGCUCGCCCAGCUGCAAAGAUCCAAUCAGACUUUGGAGCAACAAAUGGAGCAGACCCGAACUAAGUUAACACAAGAGAUCCAACAAUACAAAAAAGACAACAAUAUACUUCAGACUGAUUUGGAGAAAAUGUCAUCUCAGCGGUGUCAGCUGGAGAGGGAGGUGGAGGAGCAGAAACAGAAGCUGCUCCGCUCACAGCAGAGCCUCCAGGCCAGCCAGACCAAAGAGGAGGACCUCUGCAAGAAACUAAAGGAGGACCAGCGAGAGAAGAACAGCAUUUCUGUCCAGUUGGACCAGAGCAAAAUGCGUCUGUCACAACUGGAGGAUGAGAGGAAGACCUCGGACCAGAGUCUGAAAUGCACCCAAGGACGCCUGGAUGAUCUAAAAGCAAAAUGUGAAAGUCAAAAUGAAGAGCUGAAGAGACUUCAAUGCAAACUGGAGCAGCAGUCGCAAACUUCGACUCUGCAGCUGGAAAACCAAAGGAAGAUGCUCUCUGAUGCGGAGACAAAAAAUGAAUGGUCCCGGAAGGAAAUGCAGAAACAGAAGCUAGCAGAGGAGCAGUUGACCGACAAGUUAGCUGAGGCUAUAAAAGAGGGUCAAGAGCUGAAGAAAAAUCUUGCCGCCAGUCAUGACGAGUGCAAGCAGUUGACACAAAAGCAUCAAGCUCUAUUGGAUUGGAAAAAUGACAAGGAUAAACUCAUCAACAAUGCAGAGGCCACGCAGAGGGAACUCGCUGACAAAAUCGGUGCCUUGGACAAAAGUCUGACCUUGCAGAAUGAGGCUAACGAAGAAUUGAAGAAGCAACUGAGGUGUGCAGAGGAGGACCAGGCCAGGCUGUCAGCACAUAUUGACAGCCUGAAGGGAGAACUCCUCAACAAAAGUACAGAACUGGAAGAGAGGGAGCAUCGGUACAAGAUUCUCCAGACUGAAUCUUCUGAGGCUGAACAGAAACGCACCAAAGAUCUGGAAAAUGUUGGUGCGCAGGUGACCCACCUAGAAAUGCAGGUCAAAGAUCUGCAGUUGCAGCUCAAAAAGGAGAUUGCUCGAGCAGAGCAGGCCGAGAGGAGCAUCACCCAGCUGCAGGACGAGCAGCGAGCAUCCUCCGACCUGGUGCACUCCAAAGAACAGCUGAUUGACCUUGGCCAAGCUGAAAUACGCCAGCUGAGGGACACCCUUGCUCAGGCUACUGCUGAGCUCGAAGAGAGAAAUUUAAGACUGUCAGAGGAGAAAGCCGCUGCGUUGCAACAAUGUGAGAAAAGCAUUGCAGAGAAGGCAGAGGAGAUUACAAAAAUCAAGCUGCAGCUUGAGGAAACUCAGCAAGAGCUCCUACUCACCAAAAACCAGAUCAGCUCGAUGGACCAGUUGCUGAAGGCCCAGGAGCAGUUUGGAGCAGAGCUGCAGAAACAAAGCAAGAAGAUGUCUGAGCGUGAGGACGAGCACAAAAGGAUGGAUGCGGAAAAUGCACAAAAGCUGCUACAGAUGGAGGAGGAGCUUCGGGAGGGACAUGCCCAAUUGGCAGAGAAGGAAAGGCUGCUUGGAGAAGACCGUGCUCGGCUUUUGUCUUUGGAGAAAAAAAAUGAAGACUUGGAAAAAGAUGCUCAAGAGAUGGUGAAAGAGACAGAGCUCCUCAAAGAUACACACGCCGAGAAGGUAAACAAGCUGCAGGAGCGAAUAUCUUACUUAGAGGAAGAAGUAUCCGCAUGCAAAGAUUCAGCUGAGAAACUUUUGUCGCUAAAACGUGAACUUGAGGUGAUCAACCGCUCACACGCCGACCUCAAAAAUCACGCGGAUACCUUUGAGAAGACCCUCUCCUCCAUGACCGAAGUCAAGACAAACUUGGAGAACUCCCUGAGCGAGAAAGUAAUUCUGAAUUCUGCUUUGGAAAAAGAAGUAGCGGAGCUCAGGGAGAAGGUGAGUCAGCUGUCUGAGAGUCAAGCUCUGGAAGCUCAAAGUUUCCUCAACAAGGAAAAGAGCCUCCAAGAAGAGCGUGAAGCCGCAGAGAAAGCCCUCAAUGCCAUCAAAGCGGAGACGAGUAACGUCCGAGCAGAAGUAAAGACCAUGAAGGUAGCUUUGUCUGCAGCCUCACACGGCUUGGAGGAAAGAGACACCAGCAUUAAGAGUCUGAAGGAGAAGCUGAGCAGGGCAGGAGAAGAGCAUGCCAAGACGGCCGAGCUCUUGAAAGAGAAGAUGCUUUCCAUGAACAAAAUCAAGGUUCAGCUUGAAAUGCUUCAGAUGGAUCUGGAAGACAAUGAGACAACUGUCAACUCUUAUGAAAGUCAAAAUGAGGCACUAAAGGAGACCAUCCAGUCACUGAAGACUGAGUUAGCACAGAACCAAAGCCACAUGUCUGACAUGGUGAUCCGACUAGAGGACAGUAAAGCCCAGGUCUCCGUUUUGGAAUCACGGUUGGAGGAGGUCCAGUCUCAAAACUCCAUGUUGGAGACCAUGUAUGUGACAGCCAGAGAGGAACUGAUGGAGAGGAGUUGUGAAAUAACUCGCCUGGAAGGGGACGCUGCCAAAUGCAGUCAGUUGGAAGAUGAAGUCGCCACUUUGACGGCUGAAGUUUCGACUCUCACUCAGAUGAUUCAAGAUAAAAAAGAGCAUGACAGAGUGUCACUAGAGGAGAAAAAUAACCUCAAGGCAACUGUGAAGCAAUUGGAAAAUUACAAAGCGCAACUGCAGGCUGACAUAAAUGAGGUGUAUGUUCAGAAGCAGCAGAUGGAAACCACACUGGACUUGUUAGCUAAGGAGAACAAAUGCCUGCAGACCAGUGCAAAGGUUUUCACUGAGGAGAGGCAGCAAGCCGAAGCACCGACGCAACAAAUGGCCGCUGAGGGAGAAAACACAGAAUCAACACUGAGGCAGCUCACCGAAGAGAAAGCCCAGCUCCUCGCCAACCGUGAUCUUCUCUGCGAGCAGAAAUCUCAACUUGAGGCUCAACUCAGUGAGCUGGCAAGCAAGCUGAAUCAAGCAGUGGAGGACAAACUUCAGCUGGAAGAAACCAAUGAUCAACUGAUGGAAAAGAAUGUGGCACUGAAGUCCAGUGAAGCCCUGCUGAUGGAGGAGAAGCAGCGGACCCAAGCAAGCGAAGGGAUGCGUGAUAACAAGCUGGCUUCUCUGCAAGAGGAAAAGGAACAUAUCCAAAGCCUCCUCCAGUCCUCUGAACAGGAGUGUGGCCUGAUGAAGGCUCAACUUCAAAUGACAGAAAAGCGGAUGGAGGAGAACAGAGCCAGGAACCAGCAGUUUGAAACAGAGCAGGCUGAACUGCACCAGAAGUUGUCAUGCUUACAACAAGAGCUGAGUGUAUUCAAGCACCAGUAUGACUUGUUGCUGGAGCAAGUGGGCCAACAAAACCAUCUCAUACAGCAGCUCCGACGGAGCCCCCAAGAAAACUUGAGUCCCGCAGAGCUUGAAGAGGCAGGCAUGACUGUGGAGGCAGCAAGCCAUAUUGAUGUUGAAGCCACUGUGGUACCAGCAUUAAAUUCAUUGACAGGAAAUGAGGCCAAAUUGGAGGAACUCUCAGUUCAACCUGAUGAGUCUCCCAGUGAAACAGAACAAAUCCUUGAGCCGGAUGUAAUCCAACCAGAGAUGAUCGAGGAGCAUGUGGAAGAAUACAGAGAUGCAUGUAUCGAAGUUAGACACCAAAUGCAGAUAAUCGAUGGGAAACCAAUUGAUCAGGUUCAGGAGGAGAGCAUUGGCUGCAACGUCCUUGAACAUGAAGCCGCUGCAUUACACUCCAUCACAGACACAGAACCUGCGCAGUUACAAGAUGACCGCAAAGACCUCUCAAAGCGGGAAGAGGAAGUCUGUGCCCUGCUUUCUGAGAUUGACCUGCUCACGUCAGACCUAGCACUGAGGAAGGAGUUGACCUCAGACCUCCAAGCGCAAGUCCAAAACUUGGAGCAGAAAGUUGAUGCGGCUGAAGAGGAAGCACGUUGCGCAGCAAAUAAGCUGAACAAUGUUUUGAAGGAGAAGAAUAGCUUAUCUGAGCAGUUGUCUCAGCUGUCAGAUGAAAGAGAAACCUUAACGCUGCAGCUCCAAACAGCUAAAUGCCAGCUAGCUGAUGUUAUGGAGAUGUUGGAAGGACUCGAAAUGGCCAAAGGUGGGUGGGACGAAAAGUUCCUCCAGCAGGAAAGCGAGCUGAAGAGGGUUCGCUCCGAGAAAGCCAAUCUGGAGCAACACAUCCUAGGCAUGGAGUGUGAGCUGGAUGCCCUGCAGGAGGAGCGCGGCAAGCUGGGGAAUGAGCUUGAAACUCAGAAGAGGACUUGCUCGGGCUUGGAGCAGCAAAUCGAAACGCUCACCUCUGAGACAAUCCAGCUACAAUCUGAACUGGUUUCCUGCACUGAAGAACGAGAGGAGCUGAGUCAGGCUGCUGGCCAAUUGCGAGAGAUAAUACACGGGAUGAAGACAACCGACUGUGACACCAGGUCAUACAUAUCCAUUCUGGAGAAUGACAUCCGAGAUGCAAAGAGGGAGAACGAAGCCCUGCAAGGCAGCAUAGACAAAAUGAAGGCAGAGAGGCAACAGCUUUUGGAGCAGAUGAAUGUGUUGGAGGAAACCAUGUCUCAGCAGACUGAAGAUAAGGAACAAUUGAUUGGGCAGCUUGACAAGAUUAAGGAAGCUCACACGUCUGCCAAUCAAAACACAGAGACCAUGUUCAGCAAAAUCCAGGCUUUGGAGGGACAAGUACGACAGCUGACGCAAUCUUUGGAGUCUUCUCUACUUGAAAAAGGGGAAAUCGCUUCUCGACUGAACUCCACACAGGACGAGGUCCGGCAGAUGCGCACCGGCAUCGAAAAGCUCCGGGCCCGCAUCGAAUCUGACGAGAGGAAGAAGCAGCAUGUAGGCGAACUCCUCAAAGCCGCUCAGAGGAAGUCUGACUCACUGCAAGACCGCAUUGAUGCUCUACAGCGAGAGAAGGAGGAUGCAGAGCAAGACCUUGAGGAAGCUGUCCUUCAGACCGAGACCCUGAAAUCUGAGCUGGAAGAGGAAAGGAUCAAGGUGGAUGAAGAGAAGAGAGGUCUUAACGAAGAGCUGCUGAAGCUUUCUGCCACUCUGGACAGCUUGAGAUCUGAGAAGGAGAAUCUGGAGCGAGAGCUGCAGAUGAAAAACAGAGAGCUGGAGGAGCUGAAGGCUACCAAGGAGGAAUUGGAGCGAGGGAUGAAGAGGGCAGAGAUGGAUCAUAGAGAAGACGAGGAAAGGCAGAGGUGCAGGGUGGAGGAGUUGGAGAGGCAGAUGAGGGAGGAAGUGGGGAAACACACGAGGCUGGUGGAUGACCUCCAAGUGCAGCUUGAAGCGUCUCAUCAACGAGAGCUGUCUUUUGAAGAAAAGAGCACAGAAAUGGGGAGGGAGCGAGAGAGAAUGAAGAGCCUCCUGGAGAAGCUGGAGGAAGAGAAACAACUUCUGCAGGAGUCGCUGGAGAAGUGGAAGACGCAUGAAGAGGAGUGGGAAAGGCAAAAAAACAAUCUGAUGACUUGCAUUCAGGGUUUGAAAGAAGACAUCGUAAAGGCCAAAGAGACGGAUGAUAAAGAAGAGCUAGAAGGAGAAAAUAGACGACUGCUAGACGAAAAACAAAGACUAGAGCAGGAGAACGAGAAGCUCCAUUCUAGCAAGGAGGAGAACAUUGCCCUGAAGCAGGAGAGAGACAGAGUAGAGGAGGACAGACACAGGCUGGAGGGGGAGAUGAAGACGCUUCAAACAGCCUUGUCGCUUGCGGAAGAAGAGAAAAAUAGUUUGUCCAUAGUUCUUUCUGCGCUGGAGCAGGAGAAGCAAAGAGCUGAAGACGAGAAGGAGAAACUGUCGGAGGAGCAACAGAAGCUUCAGUCCACGGUUGUCUCCCUGGAGGAGAAGCUGGAAACACAGCAGCUGUCUGUCUCCGAGCUCAAUGAGCAAGUGUCUGAGCUGUCGUCUCGUGUCGCUCACGUGUCCAAAGAGAGAGAUGCCACCCACAACAAGUUGAGACUUUGGAUGAAGACUUGCAAACAGCUGGAGCAAGAGAAGAUGCUCAUACUAAGCAGCUCAGAUGGUCUAUGCAGUGAAGCAUCACAGGUGGCGGAUACGCAGCUGCAAAUUCAAGCAGAGGAGAGGAAGAAGGAGGUAGAGGAGCUAAAGUCGUCCCUUAAGGAGGCGAGAGCGGAGUGUAAAGAAAGAUGCAAAGAGGUGGAGGAGCUCAAGGCGGCCCUGGACGCAAGCAGCAAAGCUCUGGAGGAGGUCAAAGGGGAACUCAAAGAAGUCGAGCAGCUGGUGGAGGAGAAGACGAAAGAAGCGGACGACACCAUGAACAAAUACUGCAGCUUGAUGCUGGAGGUGCACAAGCUGGAGGUAGCCAAUGAAACACUGACGACGAGGCUGGAGUAUUUGAUCGCGAGCAAACCCGCCAACAAAGACAACCUCAGCCACUCCGGGACCGCUGACGGCCGCAGACGCUCGAUGAGGUCUUCUACCAAAGAACUGGAUGUCCAAACAGAGAACUCUGCUCCUUCGACUCCGCAGAAAUCACCACCGGGCUCCUCAUCCGGGAAGAGGGGUCAUAAACAUAUGAGCAGUAAGGACAGCGCGCAGGAGGCUCUUCACAACCUCACCAAGAAGAUCAGAGCCAACGCUGUGACCACGCCAAAGCAGACUACCAAACAGGAGGACGAGUUCAGGCCCGAGGGGCUUCCAGAGCUGGUACAGAGAGGCUUUGCUGACAUCCCGCUGGGUGAGGCCAGCCCCUUCAUCGUGAGGAGAACCACUGUGAGACGCAGCAGCCCUCGACUGGCUGCCAGGCAGACAUUAGACGGCAAGGUGCCUCCUUCCUCGACAGACAAGUGCGAAGAAGUGAUCGCUCCUCAUUUGCAUGAGUCACCAGAGCAAGGGGACAACUGUCAUGUUCAGUAAACCCAAACACACAGCACUUUGGUCUCGGACUACAUUUACAAUCAAUUACACUCCACUUCUUUGAAGACCAUUUUAGUCUAUCAAGUGAAUCCGUACAGUUAGUGUGCACCAUUUUUUUUAAAUGUACAGUCAUUUCUAAGUGGUUCAAUGUAGGUGAUAAUAUGAAAAGCAACACUCCGGCAACAAAAUACCUUAUUUGCAGCAUAUCAGUAACAGCUAGCAUGACAACUUCUGCAAGGGAAAACAACAUUCCGAAUUCCUCUGCCGGUAUUUAAAUCAGUUUCUCAAUUUCACAUUGUUGCAUUGUUUUUGUCUUGCACUGUAUAUAUUUCAUUGUCCACUAAGCCGUGUUUUCAGCCUGUGUUCCUUUCACUGCCUGCUGUAGAUAAUGUUAACUCCAGCAAUGAGUCCUGUGUUCCAGGAGCUUCUUUCCUUCUAACGGCAGCUACCUUUUCAUGUCCUUUUUUAAAUUUUAUUUUAUUUUUUUUGUGCUUGGACUGCUUCACCUUCUGAUAUUUUUAUAGCUUGGUAUCUUUUGUUUCUCUAAUUACAGUUUGAGCCUAUUCAAACAUUUUAUGACAGGAAGUUGCUUAUAGUUAAUAUGCAGGUGUAGGAGUUUACUGGUUAUUAUGAAUCCUUUUUUUUUUCUCACUAAACUUGUUUAAACAACCUUAAAGCGUGUGUAGUCUGUCUUGAACAAAGCCUUUCUGCUGAAUCACAUUUGUUGUUGUUGUUUUAAUUUAGCAUGACGAAUUGUGAAUGGGGAUCCUGUUAGCAUAAUUCUGUGGUGCAUCACCACACUAAACUGACACAAAGUCAACACUUGACUGGUCCAAACAUUUCAGGCUCAAUGUGUGGUGUUUGCACACUUGAGUCAGGCAUCACUUGUUCAUCUUUCUUUUUUAUGUGAGUCGACCUUUACGAUGUUCCGACCAGAAUUCACUGUUGAUACAAUAUUGCGUCCAAAACGGUUUCAUGCAGGUCAAACAACUAUACUUCCCCUUUAAUAAAGUGUGAUAGUCA